AUGUCGCGAACAAGUUGUGUCGUAAGCGCAGCGGCUGAAGAAGGCCGCGAUCAUUCGAAAAGAGCGGCGACGGGAUCGGCGAUGCAGGAUGCGCAGGUGCUGGUGGAGAGAAUAAACCUGUCGCAGGCAUCAGGGCAUCAAGGCAUCUACAGAGCAACUUCUCCUAAGGCAUCAGCUGUCGCCAUGAGGCACCAAGCCAGAGCAUCUGAACACAACGACAUGCAUGGCCUCUUCGAUCUCUACAGUCGAGCAGGUACGCGAUCGGACAAGACUUCUGAAGAAUAUUUGAACGUUUCAGCGAAAAAGUCGACGGUAUGGAACCUCGAUGCACUGCGCGAUCAUCUGGUCCACGCACAAGCUGCGACAAUAAACGGCCGGGAAGUUGCCUAAGGCUAUCUGGUGCGACCAUGGUUAAUCAGUCAUUUCACACAGAAAGCUGCGAUGGCCUCUGUCAAAGCUUAUAUUGGGAUGAUACAUCGUGGAAAAGUAUAGGAGGUGACGC